AUGACGCCAUCUACUCCGAACCGACGCCCAAGCCUAGCCAGGUCAGCCACGUCGGUGGCCGCCGCUCCCUAUAUUCUGCCGCCAGAAUUAUUCGACUCGACCAUACGAGCACAGUCUCGUUCCCCACGGCCGCCCGUGAGACCAGAUGCUGUCCAUGAUGAGAAGGCCUCAGUCCCUGCAGCGCUUCGUCGAUCAUCCUCGACAGCAUCAACCAUUCAUGACGGAGUUCCUGAUGAGGAUGGCAGCCCAGGAGAUGCCUCGCGGGUUUCUACCGAUGCUUAUGGCAACACAUAUCCCGAAGGAGGCUUUGCUGCGUGGUUCUGCGUAUUUGGUUCCUUCUGCGGACUGAUGUGUGCACUGGGCAUGAUGAACACCAUUGGGACCUACCAAGCAUAUCUAUCCGCGAAUCAGUUAUCCGAUCAGACCGAAUCAGCAGUCGGCUGGAUCUUCGGCAUCUACGCGUUCCUCUCCUUCUUCUGUGGCAUCCAAAUCGGUCCUUGGUUCGAUGCCAAAGGCCCCAGGGUCCCAGUCGCUCUAGGCAGCGUCCUCAUCCUGGCCACCUACCUCCUUCUCGGCCUCUGCACGUCCUACUGGCACUUCCUUCUUGUGUUCGGAGUCCUAGGCGGCUUCGGAACCUCCCUCGUCUUCACUCCCGCCGUCGCCGCUGUAGGUCACUGGUUCCUCCGACGACGCGGCUCCUGCACCGGACUCGCCGCCGCAGGUGGCUCACUAGGCGGCAUUGUCUACCCUUUGACCCUCAAAGCCCUCUUCCCCAAGAUCGGCUUCGCCUGGUCCUGCCGCGUAAUCGCCCUCAUCAACCUCGUCCUCCUGAUCAUCGCCAACUUGGGCAUUCGCUCGCGCCUCCCACCCAAGAAAGCCACCAAAGAAGCCAUCCUGCCAGACCUCCGCAUCUUCCGCGACCGCACCUUCGCCCUCACCACCGCCGCCGUCUUCUUCAUGGAGUGGGGUCUCUUCGUGCCCAUCAGCUAUCUCAUCUCCUACGCGCUCGCCCAAGGUGUUGACGAGAGCCUCUCAUACAACCUCAUCGUUAUCUUCAACGCCGCCUCCACUCUCGGCCGCUACCUACCAGGUCUCGUAGCCGACAAGGUCGGCCGCUUCAACGCCAUGCUCGUCAUGAUCGCGUUCGGGCUGGUCUCCAUCUUCGGGCUAUGGAUGCCUGCACGCAGCUCCGAGGCGCUGAACAUCAUCUUCGCACUCGCGUUUGGCUUUGCUAGUGGCUCUGGCAUCAGCUUGACGCCUGUGUGUGUCGGCCAGCUGUGCAGAGUAGAGAACUACGGGCGGUACUACGCUACCUGCUUCACGGUGGUGAGCUUUGCGAGCUUGACUGGCAUACCGAUUGCCGGACAGCUGAUCUCGACUGCUGGAGGGAGGUACGAGGGGUUGAUCGGAUUUACGGGAGCAGCGUAUGCUGUGAGCUUUUGCUUCUACUAUGCCGCUAAGGUCAGUGGUGCUGGGUGGAAGAUUACGGGGAUCUUUUAG